AUGCCCCCCCAAGGCCGCUACCAAGACUCCCUCCACCGGCGGCAAGGCCCCGAGAAGAAGAAGCGCGGCAAGACGCGCAAGGAGACCUACUCCUCCUACAUCUACAAGGUCCUCAAGCAGGUCCACCCCGACACUGGUAUCUCCACUCGUGCCAUGUCCAUCCUGAACUCCUUCGUCAACGACAUCUUCGAGCGCGUUGCCACUGAGGCCUCCAAGCUGGCUGCUUACAACAAGAAGUCCACCAUCUCUUCCCGAGAGAUCCAGACCUCCGUCCGCCUGAUCCUCCCCGGUGAGCUGGCCAAGCACGCCGUCUCUGAGGGUACCAAGGCCGUCACCAAGUACUCCUCCUCCGCCAAAUAA